UAAAUGUGACUUGAACAGCGCGAACAUGGCUUUCCCUGGUAAUAUUAAUAUCCGAAAAUUUGAGAAUAUAGGGCGAACUGAGUGUUUUUGUGCCUGUGUGAAACCAAAUGUUAAAUUAAAAUACUAUUGACUGUUGUUUGUGGUGGCUAAACGACAUUUGCAACUAGAAAAUCGAAUCCGUUGUGCUAUUCACGCCUUCUCCCUGUAUGCCGGCGCUGUGUGUUUUUGCGUGAAAAAUCGAUGGACUGAAUUUGUUACGCGUGCGAGUGAAUAAGAAUAUUUUUUGUGACGCUUGCAAAAAAAUAAGUGAACGCGUAGCAGCAGAGACCCAACACACACACACAUAAGCACACGCUAGCAAAAGUGAACUGAACAAUUAAAUUGCAAUAAACAAAUCAAUAAAAAUAGGCAUUUUUUAAAUAAAUCAUUAGCUGGUGGUGAAAAGUGGACAAAAAUGCAGCAACUUUACACAGAGCGCAUGAGUUGAAGUGACAGCCAAGCAGUCGCCGUCGCAGUCGCAGCGCUGCGCCGCGCCACUCUGCAGCAGAGACGUCGACGCUGUCGCCGCCAUAGGUAUGCUGUAGCACAAGCAGAGCAGUACGACGCGACAGCAAAACAGCCGAAACGUAACGUUUGCCAAAGAUUACAUAUAGGAAUUAGACCAGUCCAGAGUUCGAUUGCAGAAUCAAACGGAAGAUACCGAAAAUCUCAAUAAAAGAAUGACAUCCAGACUCGAUCGUCUUUUCAUACUACUCGAGUCCGGUUCGACGGCUGCCACACGUCAUGCAGCUGCCAAGCAGAUUGGCGAAGUGCAGAAACUGUAUCCACAUGAGCUGCACACGCUGCUGAAUCGCCUCGUGGGCUAUUUGCACAGCAGCUCGUGGGAGACGCGCAUUGCGGCGGCACAAUCGGUGGAGGCGAUACUGAAACAGGUGCCGCCAUGGCAGCCGGAAUUGCAAUUGGGGGCCAUUAACCUAAAGAAGGAGCGACAGGGCAGCGAUGCCACCGAGGAGGACAGCUGCCAAUCGAAUGCCUCAUCAUCGACCACAACAACGCCGUGCAACGAGCGAUUACUCAGCUUCGAUGAGUUUGAUCUACAGCAGAUACUGCAGAAGGGCGCACGCCUGAUUGGCUCCGAGGGCAAUGAGUUCGAUGUGCAAGAGGAGCAACCGGCAAGUGGAGGCGGCGUCGAGGAGCAGAGCGUGGCCGCUCGACUGAUUCGCCAGCGAGCACUGCUCAAUGAUAAACUGGGACUCACUGCCGCCGCCAAGCUGGGCGUCAAUCUGACUGACAUGAUCACCGACGAGGAUGUGGCCUUGACGCGCAGCGGCACCAGCUACAAUGUCAAUGCCGAGAAGCUGCCGGUGGAGCACAUACUGAACAUUAAGCCGGCAGCAGCAAAUGGAGGAGCAACUGCCAGCGCUUGCGCCACUGCCACAGGUCAAAAGCUCAGCUGUCGCGAGAUGAAUCGAGCCAAGCGCAAAGCUCGUCAAGGCAGCUCAACGGGCGCCGCCUCUGCCUCCGCUGUAGCAGUCUCAGUGACGCCCACCUGCAGUCGGCGCAACUCAACAGCUGGCAUCGCAGCUGCUGGCAGUAACAGCAACAGCAGCGGCAGCAGCUGCACCGGCAGCAACAGCAACGGAGCAAGCACAGUCGAUGAGCCAGAGAAGAAGAAACUGAAGGCAAACGACACACAUGAAAUAUUCUACAGCUUAAACACCGCUGUUCCGGAUGCGACGGGCACGUGGGUCGACGCCGUCUCGUGGCCAUUGGAAAACUUUUGUGCGCGCCUUUUCAUUGAUCUCUUUCACGCCAAGUGGGAGGUGCGUCACGGGGCGGCAACUGCGCUGCGUGAGCUCAUCAAUCAGCACGGCACAGGAGCGGGCAAGUGCGGCUAUCAGAGUGUGGAGCAAAUGCACGAGGCGCACAGUCGUUGGCUAGAGGAUGCAGCACUUCGAUUGCUAUGUGUGCUCUGCCUGGAUCGGUUCGGCGACUUUGUUUCGGAUCAAGUGGUGGCGCCGGUGCGUGAGACUUGCGCCCAAGUGCUGGGCACGCUGGUCAAGGCCAUCGAUGAGAGCAAAGUGCAUCGCAUCGUGGACAUCCUGCUGCAGCUGAUACGCCACAAGAACGAGUGGGAGGUGCGCCAUGGCGGUCUGCUGGGACUGAAGUAUGUGUUCGUGGUGCGCGAGGAACUGCUGUCCAUUUAUCUGCCGAAAUCCAUAUCGGAUAUAUUGCUGGGUCUGCUCGAUGUGGUCGAUGAUGUGGGCGCCGUGGCAGCAGCAACUCUGAUACCAGUGGCCAAGUGGUUGCCCAAGUUGCUGAAUGCUACGCAAGUGUCGUCCAUUGUGAAGAUGCUGUGGGAUCUGCUGCUGGAUCAGGAUGAACUCACCUCGGCUUGCAACAGUUUCAUGGGUCUGCUCGCAGCCAUAUUGUGCCUGCCCAUGGCAGCUAGUUGGAUACAAAUGGAGCCCAUUGGUACGUUAGUGCCGCGUCUGUUUCCCUUUCUAUCGCACAGCACCAGCUCAGUGCGUCGCUCCACGCUGAAGACGCUGCUCACGCUCACAAGCAGCGGCGAGAGUUCGCUCGUUAAGCAGAAGCCAGAGAAUGGCAAGCCAGAGACGCCAGAGAUGAAGCUCAACUUUGGUGUCGUCGACUGGAACUGGCAACUGUUGCAGCAGGCGCUGCGUCACAUCUACCAGCGCAUGCUGGUUGAGCCCCAAGCGGACAUUCAAGCGCUGGCCCACCAGGUGUGGUCUAACAUCAUACAGUAUGCGGAUCUGGGAGCCCUUUUGCACGCCGCCUGUCCGCAUGUCUCCACCUGGAUUUGUCUGGCCAUGCAGCCGCCCCGCCUGGCCUUCGAUCCCGCCGUGCUCAUUCGCGCAAUUGCCGGUAGUGACGUUGCCUCCUCCACUGCGGCAGGCGCCGCACGUCGUCGCACACCACGCAUGGGCGAUGAUCUGGGCGGCGCUGCUUUGGCGCACUCGAAUGCCAUGCAGAAGCUGUACUUGGGUGGCAGCGAGGCGACACCGUUGGAGAUUCGUGAGGCGAACUUUAUGCGUGCCCGCAUCACUGCAUCGCGAGCAAUGGGCGCACUUUCGCACUACCUGGUGCAGCCGGCGCCUGGAGUGCUCUAUACGCCACAGGUGGAGAGUCCCACAGAUUGCUACACCAAGGUGCUGCUUGGUCAUUUGAAUGCACGCUCUGCUGUGCAGCGAAUUGUGUGCGGCCUCAUCAUUGCGUUCUGGGCGUUGGAGGAUGAGCCGGUGCGACCAGGUCCGCCCAAUUUGCAGGAGAAGCUGCAUCAGUGCAUGUCCGAGUCGUUCUACUAUGAUGAGUUGGCCAUGUCGCUUACCAGACUGCUGCAGGAGGCACUCGACUUUAUUGCCACGCUGAAGCAGAACAAAAUACCCAUCAAUGAUUUCAACAAUGCCAAGGUGCUGACGCUGGAGCAGAUCGAUGCGGUGGCCACCACACUCAGCGACAAUCUGCGCAGUCAUGCGCUCAAGCCAAAGGUGCUGGACAUGCUGCUGGAGCGUCGACGCAGCCUGCAGGCCUCGUAUCAGCAGACAACGGGCGAGCAGUUUGCCUAUCAUGUUAGCGCUCAGGCUGCGAUGGCAGGAGCGAUUUGUGCACUGCACUGUUUGCCCGACAAGUUGAAUCCCGUGGUCAAGCCUCUGAUGGAGUCCAUCAAGCGGGAGCAGUGUGUGCCGCUGCAGCAGUUGUCAGCCGACUUUUUGGUGCAUCUGAUGGACCAAGUUUGUGAUAGAAAUCCUAGUCCCAACAACAAAAUCCUGAACAACCUCUGCACACUGCUGCGCAGCGAUGCCGAGCACACGCCUAAGCUGAAUAUGCCGACGCAAACGCUGCUAGAGACACGCCCGAACGAUAGCAAUGCCUCCGAGUACUAUGGCAUUCUCACGCUGACGCUGUCGCUGAACCCUCCAUCCGGCCACAGCAACACCACAGGAAGCAGCAAGCGAGCUGGCGCCACGACACCAUCGACAACGACAGCGCCACGCGGACCCGGCAGACCUCCGGCCAGUGAGGCGCUAGCGGUUGCAGCCGCUGCUGCCGCGUGCAUCGAGGCCAGCACCCAACAGGCCAAGGAGGCCGAGGCGCGUCAGUGUCGCACUCAGCGUCUGGGCGCCGCCUGUGCCAUAGCCAAGCUCUGCAGCACCUUCGGCGAACGCAUGGUGGACAAGGUGCCCAUCUUUCAGCAGCUGAUGUUCGGCAAGCUGCAGCAGUUUGUGGCCAGCGUCGAUGCAGACACGCUCAUCAGCACGCUGCCCGAUCUGACGGCCUGCAAUGAGUUGAUCAGUUCGUUGCAACUGAUUGAGACUGCGGCGCCGCAUCUGCAUGCCGCCCUGCAUCCGCAAUUGUUCGCGCUGCUGCCACAACUGGGCUGCAUUGUGCGUCAUCCUCUCAAGGUGUUGCGUCACAUGUCAGCGCGUUGCAUUGCCGCACUGGCGGACAUUGACACCUGCCGCACCAUGCAGUUUGUGGUCACUGAGUUGCUGGAGCUGCUGCUGAAGGUGGAGCGACCCAUUGAACGGCAAGGCGCCGUGGAAGCCAUUGAGCGAGUGGUGAAUCGCUUGCAGAUUCGUGUUGUGCCAUAUAUUGUGCUGCUGGUGGUGCCGCUGCUCGGCUCCAUGAGCGAUGCGGAUGAAUCUGUGCGACUACUGGCCACACACUCCUUCGCCACGCUCGUCCAACUCAUGCCGCUGGACAACAGCAGUGCUAGCAACAGCAAAAGCGGCGUCAAAACCGAGGGGGAAAUCAAGAACGAGCCACUGGAGGAGCGCAAGACGCGAGAUCGUGAAUUUCUCGACUAUCUAUUUAAGCCCAAGACCAUACCCGAUUACCAUGUGCCGGUGUCGUUGAGCGUGGAGCUGCGCGGCUAUCAGCAGGCGGGCAUCAAUUGGCUGUGGUUCCUCAACAAGUACAAUCUGCACGGCAUACUCUGCGACGACAUGGGCCUGGGCAAGACAUUGCAGACCAUCUGCAUAUUGGCUGGCGAUCAUUUGCAGCGCCAGGAGGCACAGCAGGCUUCGCUGCCCAGUUUGGUCAUUUGUCCGCCCACAUUGACGGGCCAUUGGGUCUAUGAGGUGGACAAGUUUCUGUCGCAAUCGCCAUCGCCUGUGCUGCGACCCUUGCACUACUUUGGCUUUCCCGUUGGACGUGAGAAGCUGCGUAGCCAAAUUGGCACCAGCUGCAAUCUUGUGGUUGCCUCUUACGACACCAUACGCAAAGAUAUCGACUACUUCAGUGGCAUACACUUCAACUACUGCGUAUUGGACGAGGGGCACAUCAUCAAGAAUGGCAAGACCAAGAGCUCAAAGGCCAUCAAACAGCUGAAAGCGAAUCACAGGCUAAUCCUCUCGGGCACACCGAUACAGAACAACGUGCUGGAGUUGUGGUCUCUCUUUGAUUUUUUGAUGCCCGGCUUUUUGGGCACCGAGAAACAGUUCAUCCAGCGCUACUCACGUCCCAUUCUGGCAUCACGGGAUGCCAAGAGUUCGGCCAAGGAUCAGGAGGCUGGCGUGCUGGCAAUGGAGGCGUUGCAUCGCCAGGUGCUGCCAUUCCUGCUGCGUCGCGUCAAGGAGGACGUGCUCACCGAUCUGCCGCCAAAGAUCACGCAGGAUCUGCUUUGCGAGCUGAGUCCGUUGCAGUUGCGCCUGUAUGAAGACUUUAGCAAUAAACAUCUGAAAGACUGUUUGAAUAAGUUGGACGAUACGGAGAAUCUCGGCAGUAAAACGCACAUUUUCCAGGCUCUGCGCUAUCUGCAGAACGUCUGUAAUCAUCCCAAAUUGGUGCUGCGGCAAUCCAAUGAUGAGCGCGUCAAUAUCGCCGCUCAGCUUGCCCUCAGCCAUAGCUCCUUGGACGACAUUGAGCACUCGGCGAAGCUGCCAGCGCUGAAACAACUGCUGUUGGACUGUGGCAUUGGUGUGCAGACAGAAUCUGUUAGUCAGCAUCGUGCUCUCAUCUUUUGUCAGCUGAAGGCCAUGCUGGACAUCGUCGAGCACGAUUUGUUGCGCAAGCAUUUGCCCAGUGUCACAUACCUGCGUCUGGAUGGCAGCGUGCCGGCCUCAUUGCGCCAGGACAUAGUGAACAACUUCAACAGUGAUCCUAGCAUCGAUGUUUUGCUCUUGACCACUCAGGUGGGCGGCUUGGGCUUGAAUCUGACUGGAGCUGAUACAGUCAUCUUUGUCGAGCACGACUGGAAUCCCAUGAAGGAUUUGCAGGCCAUGGAUCGUGCCCAUCGCAUUGGACAAAAGAAGGUGGUCAAUGUGUAUCGUCUGAUCACACGUAACUCGCUCGAAGAGAAAAUCAUGAGUCUGCAAAAGUUCAAGAUACUCACCGCCAACACGGUGGUGAGUGCCGAGAACGCCUCGCUUCAGACGAUGGGCACUCCGCAAAUAUUAGACCUGUUCCAGAGUGGCAAUGACAACAAGGCACAGAGUAGUGGAACAGCGGCUAUUGCUGCCGGCAGCGGUGGCAUGUCCAUGAACACUAUCAUUGAGAAUUUGCCGGAUUUGUGGUCAGAGUACCAGUAUGAGGAGGAAUACGAUCUGGGCAACUUUGUGCAGGCGCUGAAGAAGUGAAGAAGCCACUGCAAGACGAAGCCACAAUACUUUCUUCCGAGACUUCCUUCACAUACACACACAC